UUUUUUUUUUUUUUUUGCUGUAGGCCUCGAAAUAGAGGAAAAUCUACAGUGGAAGAUGAGGACAGCAUGGAUGGGCUGGAGACGACAGAAACAGAAAAUAUUGUGGAAACAGCAGAAAUCAAAGAACAACCCGUGGAAGAGGAUGCUGAAGCAGAAGUGGACAGCAGCAAACAGCCAGUCUCAGCUGUUCAGCGGCCUGUGUCUGAGGAAUCUGCAAACUCCCUGGUCUCUGUUGGUGUAGAAGCCAAGAUCAGUGAACAACUCUGCGCUUUUUGUUAUUGUGGGGAGAAAAGUUCCUUAGGACAAGGAGAUUUGAAACAAUUCAGAGUAACACCUGGACUUAUCUUACCUUGGAAAGAUCAACCUUGUAACAAGGACAUCCAUGACAACAGCAGUGUGACAUGUGAGAAAAUACAAUAUUCAGCUCCACAAAAGCAAAGAGGAAAACGAAAAGAACGAUCUACCCAGCAGAAGGCAGUUCCUUGUGUAAGUGUAAGCACCCAGACAUCUUCUGAGGAUCAGGCUGGCAAAUUAUGGGAUGAACUCAGUCUGGUUGGCCUUCCAGAUGCCAUUGAUGUCCAAGCCUUAUUUGAUUCCACAGGCACUUGCUGGGCUCAUCAUCGAUGUGUGGAGUGGUCACUGGGAAUAUGCCAAAUGGGAGAACCAUUGUCAGUGAAUGUGGACAAAGCUGUUGUCUCAGGGAGCACAGAACGAUGUGCAUUUUGCAAACACCUUGGAGCCACUAUCAAAUGCUGUGAAGAGAAGUGUACCCAGAUGUACCAUUACCCAUGUGCUGCAGGGGCAGGCACCUUUCAGGACUUCAGUCACUUCUUUCUUCUCUGUCCAGAACACAUUGACCAAGCUCCUGAAAGAUCAAAGGAAGAUGCAAACUGUGCAGUGUGUGACAGCCCGGGAGACCUCUUAGAUCAGUUCUUUUGCACUACUUGUGGUCAGCACUACCAUGGGAUGUGCCUGGAUAUAGCUGUUACACCAUUAAAACGUGCGGGUUGGCAGUGUCCUGAGUGCAAAGUGUGCCAGAACUGCAAGCAAUCGGGAGAAGAUAGCAAGAUGCUGGUGUGUGAUACAUGUGACAAAGGGUAUCAUACUUUUUGUCUUCAACCUGUUAUGAAAUCAGUACCAACCAAUGGCUGGAAAUGCAAAAAUUGCAGAAUAUGUAUUGAGUGUGGUACACGGUCUAGUGCUCAGUGGCAUCACAACUGUCUGAUAUGUGACACUUGUUAUCAGCAGCAGGAUAAUUUAUGUCCUUUUUGUGGAAAGUGCUACAAUCCAGAAUUUCAGAAAGACAUGCUCUACUGUAAUAUGUGUAAGAGAUGGGUUCACUUAGAAUGUGACAAACCAACAGAUCAUGAAUUGGAUUCUCAGAUCAAAGAAGACUAUAUCUGCAUGUAUUGUAAACACCUAGGAGCUGAGAUAGAUUCCUUACAUCCAGGAAAUGAACUAGAGAUGCCUGAAUUACCUACAGAUUAUUCCAGUGGAAUGGAAAUUGAAGAUGAAGUGCUAUUUUUGGAUCCAACAGCUAAUAAAGAUGUCAGUGAUCACCAGCCCACAACUGGAAUUGUUUCUGAUACAGUUCAAGUGUACACUGAAGAACCACAGAAAAGUAAUCCAUCAGAAAGCCUUGAGUCAGGUGGUCUCCUCACUUCUGAAUCAUCUGACAAUAAAAUGAAUCCUGAAUUGGCAAAUGAGGUCUAUCAUGAAAUUGAUAGUGAAAAAAUGGAAAUUCUUUGUAAAGGCAUGAAUGUUUGUGAGGAAGAUGAAAAUGAAGCCGGAAUGGAAGUGACAGAAAACAUUCAAGUCCUUCCACAUCAGACAAUUGUGCCGCAAGAAGAACUGCAGUUGUCAGAGGAACUGGAGCUGGUGUCUAAAGAAGAGCCGAGUCAUCCACAGUCAGCUGCUGAGUCUGCUGCACCAGAAGCCUUACUGUCCCCACCAAGUGAACGAUCCUUAUCGUGUAAUGAACCUGUGGUGAUAGAAAGAGAGCAAGAAGAAGUGGAGCAGAAGGAAAACUCUGAACUCCCCACUGGGUGUGUGGAUUUUGAAAUGACUCUUGCUGUUGACAGUUGUGUCAAAGAUAGUUCAUGCCAAGGAGACAAAUCUGUAAAGUUAAGAGCUGAGGGGGAGCCACCAUUCUCUUCAGCAUCUGACCUGAACAAGGCAGAUAUGUCUUCCUCCUCAACACUUUGUUUAGACUUGCCUUCAUGCGACAUGCUGCAUGGUUACCCUUCAACUCUCAACUCUGCUGCUGGAAACAUCAUGCCAACAACAUACAUCUCAGUCACUCCAAAAAUUGGCAUGGGUAAACCAGCUAUUACCAAAAGAAAAUUUUCGCCCGGAAGACCCCGGUCUAAACAGGGGGCUUGGAGUAACCAUAAUACAGUGAGCCCACCUUCCUGGUCCCCAGACAUUUCAGAAGGCCGGGAAAUUUUUAAACCCAGGCAGCUUUCUGGCAGUGCCAUUUGGAGCAUCAAAGUGGGCCGAGGGUCUGGAUUCCCAGGGAAGAGGAGACCUCGUGGUGCAGGGCUGUCAGGACGAGGUGGCAGAGGCAGGUCUAAAUUAAAGAGUGGCAUCGGAGCUGUUGUAUUACCUGGGGUGUCUGCUGCAGAUAUUUCAUCAAAUAAAGAUGAGGAAGAAAACUCUAUGCACAAUACAGUUGUAUUGUUUUCUAGUAGUGACAAGUUCACUUUGCAUCAGGAUAUGUGUGUAGUUUGUGGCAGUUUCGGCCAAGGAGCAGAGGGAAGAUUGCUUGCCUGUUCACAGUGUGGUCAGUGUUACCAUCCGUAUUGUGUCAGUAUUAAGAUCAGUAAAGUGGUUCUUAGCAAAGGUUGGAGAUGUCUUGAGUGCACAGUGUGUGAGGCCUGUGGGAAGGCGACUGACCCAGGAAGACUCUUGCUGUGUGAUGACUGUGACAUAAGCUAUCAUACCUACUGCCUAGACCCUCCAUUGCAGACAGUUCCCAAAGGAGGCUGGAAAUGCAAAUGGUGUGUUUGGUGUAGACACUGUGGCGCAACGUCAGCAGGUCUGAGAUGUGAGUGGCAAAACAAUUACACACAGUGUGCUCCUUGUGCCAGCUUGUCUUCCUGCCCCAUCUGCUGUCGGAACUACAGAGAAGAAGACCUCAUUCUACAGUGUAGACAAUGUGAUAGGUGGAUGCAUGCAGUUUGUCAAAACUUAAAUACUGAGGAGGAAGUGGAAAAUGUAGCGGACAUUGGUUUUGAUUGUAGUAUGUGCAGACCCUAUAUGCCUGCACCAAACGUGCCUUCCUCAGACUGCUGUGACUCUUCACUUGUGGCACAAACUGUUUCAAAAGUGAGAGAGCUAGAUCCACCUAAGACCUAUACCCAGGAUGGUGUAUGUUUGACUGAAUCAGGGAUGACUCAGUUACAGAGCCUCACAGUUACAGUUCCAAGAAGAAAACGGACAAAACCAAAAUUGAAAUUGAAGAUUAUAAAUCAGAAUAGUGUGGCUGUCCUUCAGACCCCUCCAGACAUCCAGUCAGAGCAUUCAAGAGAUGGUGAAAUGGAUGAUAGUCGAGAAGGAGAACUCAUGGAUUGUGAUGGAAAAUCGGAAUCUAGUCCUGAGCGGGAAGCUGUGGAUGACGAAACUAAGGGAGGGGAAGUGACGGAUGCCAUAAAAAAGAGGAAAAGGAAACCAUAUAGACCAGGUAUUGGUGGAUUUAUGGUACGACAAAGAAGUCGAACGGGACAAGGAAAAGCUAAAAGAUCUGUGAUCAGAAAAGAUUCUUCGGGCUCUAUAUCUGAACAGUUGCCCAGCAGAGAUGAUGGCUGGAGUGAGCAGUUACCAGAUACUCUAGUUGAUGAGUCCGUUUCUGUUGCUGAAAGCACUGAAAAAAUAAAGAAGAGAUACCGGAAAAGGAAAAAUAAGCUUGAAGAAACCUUUCCUGCUUAUUUACAAGAAGCAUUUUUCGGAAAAGAUCUUCUAGAUACCAGCAGACAAAACAAGCUGAGCUUAGAUCACUUGUCAGAAGAUGCAGCUCGGCUUUCAUAUAAAACAGGGUUCUUGGAUCCUUCAUCAGAUCCGCUACUGAGUUCAUCUUCUGCUUCAGCAAAAACUGGAACUCAGGGUACUGCUGAUGAUCCAUUAGCUGAUAUUUCUGAAGUCUUAAACACAGAUGAUGACAUUCUUGGAAUAAUCUCAGAUGAUCUUGCAAAAUCAGUUGAUCAUUCAGGUCUUGAUUUAUGCACUUUCCAGGUUGGGAGCUCACCCUUUCCCUUUGAUAUUGGUCCCAUUGGUGAUGUGUCCUCUUUGCCUCAGCCAAGUGUCAGUCAGAGUUCACGACCGUUAACUGAAGAACAGCUAGAUGGGAUCCUCAGCCCUGAGCUAGACAAAAUGGUCACAGAUGGAGCAAUUCUUGGAAAGUUAUAUAAAAUUCCAGAGCUUGGAGGAAAGGAUGUUGAAGACUUGUUCACUGCUGUACUUAGUCCUGCUACAACUCAGCCAACUCCAUUACCGCAAACUCCUCAUCCACCACAGCUAUUGCCAAUGCACAAUCAGGAUGUUUUUUCCCGGAUGCCACUCAUGAAUGGCCUUAUUGGACCCAGUCCUCAUCUUCCACAUAAUUCUUUGCCUCCUGGAAGUGGAUUGGGGACUUUCCCUGCUAUAGCACAAUCCCCUUAUACUGACGUCAGGGAUAAAAGUCCAGCAUUUAAUGCAAUUGCAAGUGACCCUAACAGCUCCUGGGCACCAACAGCUCCCUCUGUGGAAGGAGAAAAUGAUACCAUGUCCAAUGCCCAGAGGAGCACACUCAAGUGGGAGAAGGAGGAGGCUCUCGGUGGGAUGGCCACAGUAGCGCCAGUUCUCUACACAAACAUUAACUUCCCUAACUUAAAGGAAGAGUUCCCAGACUGGACCACUCGAGUGAAACAAAUUGCCAAGUUGUGGAGAAAAGCCAGCUCUCAGGAAAGAGCACCAUAUGUGCAAAAAGCCAGAGAUAACAGAGCUGCUUUACGAAUUAAUAAAGUUCAGAUGUCCAACGAUUCUAUGAAAAGGCAACAUCAGCAAGACAGCAUCGAUCCCAGCUCCCGCAUUGAUUCCGAUCUUUUUAAAGACCCUUUAAAGCAGAGAGAAUCGGAGCAUGAACAAGAAUGGAAAUUUAGACAGCAAAUGCGUCAGAAAAGUAAGCAACAAGCUAAAAUUGAAGCCACACAGAAGCUGGAACAGGUGAAGAAUGAGCAACAACAACAACAACAACAGCAGCAGCAACAACAACAACAACAGCAGCAGCAGCAGCAGCAGCAACAACAGCAGCAGCAGCAGCAGCAGCAGCUUGGCUCGCAGCACCUUCUAGUACCUUCUGGUUCAGAUACUCCGAGCAGUGGAGCACAGAGUCCCUUGACUCCUCAGCCUGGCAAUGGAAAUGCGUCUCCAGCACAGACCUUCCAUAAAGACCUGUUCUCCAGACACCUACCCAGCGCCCCUGCUUCCACACCUUCAGAUGAUGUUUUUGUCAAGCCACAGCCUCCCCCACCUCCUCCAACCCCAUCACGAACACCCGUUCAGGAAAGUCUUUCUCAGUCCCAGACUUCUCAGCCAGCUUCCCCACAGAUGUUCUCACCUGGAUCGUCUCAUUCCAGACCACCAUCUCCAGUGGAUCCUUAUGCAAAAAUGGUUGGUACUCCUAGACCACUUCCUGGGGGCCACAGUUUUCCCAGAAGAAGUUCUGUUACACCUGUAGAAAACUGUGUGCCUCUAUCUUCAGUACCUAGGUCCAUUCAGAUUAAUGAAACAGCCACUAGGCCAUCCCCAGCCAGAGAUUUGUGUGCUUCCACCAUGACAAACAGUGACCCCUAUGCAAAGCCUCCAGAUACACCUAGGCCCAUGAUGACAGAUCAAUUUCCCAAACCUUUUAGCCUUCCUAGAUCCCCUGUGGCUACAGAACAAACUACAAAAGGCCCUUUAGCAGCUGGAACCAGCGAUCACUUUACUAAACCAUCUCCUAGAACAGAUGCUUUUCAAAGGCAACGGCUACCUGACCCAUAUGCACGCCCAUUGUUAACACCUGCCCCACUGGAUAAUGGGCCUUUCAAGACGCCACUGCACCCCCCUCCACCUCAGGAUCUGUAUGGAUCUGUGUCACAGGCAUCAAGACGACUCUCUGUUGACCCUUAUGAAAGGCCUGCCUUGACACCAAGGCCUGUAGAUAAUUUUUCUCAUAGUCAGUCAAAUGAUCCAUAUAGCCAGCCUCCCCUAACUCCACACCCAGCAAUGAGUGAAUCUUUUACUCAUUCUUCAAGGGCUUUUUCUCAGCCUGGAACCGUAUCAAGAUCAGCAUCUCAGGACCCAUAUUCACAACCCCCAGGAACUCCACGCCCUGGUAUUGAUUCUUAUUCCCAAACCUCAGGAACUGCUCGAUCUAAUCCAGAUCCUUAUUCUCAGCCUCCUGGUACUCCCCGGCCUAACACUAUUGAUCCAUAUAGUCAACAGCCACCAACUCCCAGGCCUUCUCCACAGACAGACAUGUUUGUUACACCUGCGGUAAAUCAGAGACACGCUGAUCCUUAUGGUCAUCAUCUUGGGACACCAAGACCUGGGAUUCCUGUUCCCUAUUCUCAGUCACCAGCAACACCAAGGCCAAGGACUUCAGAGGGUUUUACUAGGUCCUCCAGUGCAAGACCAGCUCUCAUGCCAAACCAGGAUCCUUUUUUGCAAGCAGCACAAAACAGAGUACCAGGUUUACCUGGCCCUUUGAUAAGGCCACCCGAUAUGUGCUCCCAGACGCCCAGGCCACCUGGGCCUGGCCUUACAGACACGUUCAGCCGUGCUUCCCCUUCUGCUGCUCGUGAUCCCUACGAUCAGCCUCCGAUGACUCCCAAGCCUCAGUCUGAUUCUUUUGUAGCUAGUCAAGUUGUCCACGAUCUUGUUGACCGUCCAGGUCCUGGGUCAGAGGGAAACUUUAGCACAUCUAACCCUGUAAGCUCCCAAGGACAGCAGUUCUCUAGUGUCUCCCAGCUUCCUGGACCUGUGCCAACUUCAGGAGGAACAGAUACACAGAACACUGUGAAUAUGUCUCACGCUGACACAGAGAAACUGAGACAGCGGCAGAAGCUUCGUGAAAUCAUUCUUCAGCAACAACAGCAGAAGAAGAUCGCUAGUCGCCAGGAGAAGGGGCCUCAGGAUAUACCAGUAGUGCCUCACCCAGUGCCCCGUCCACACUGGCAGCCAGAGAGUGUCAACCAGGCUUUCAGUCGGCCUCCUCCUCCCUAUCCUGGGAGCAUUAGAUCUCCUGUUAUCCCUCCACUAGGACCUAGAUAUACAGUUUUCCCUAAGGAUCAGCGUGGACCCUAUCCUCCUGAGGUGGCUGGUAUGGGGAUAAGACCUCAUGGAUUUAGAUUUGGAUUUCCAGGAGCUAGUCAUGGUCCCAUGUCAAGCCAAGAUCGCUUCCAUGUGCCUCCGCAGCAAAUACAGGGAUCUGGAAUUCUCCCACACAUAAGAAGAUCAGUGUCUAUGGAAAUGCCUAGACCUUCAAAUAACCCACCACUAAAUAAUCCAGUUGGGCUUCCUCAGCAUUUCUCACCACAGGGUCUGCCAGUCCAACAGCACAACAUACUAGGCCAAGCAUUUAUUGAGUUGAGGCAUCGCGCUCCUGAAGGAAGGUCCAGGUUGCCAUUCGUUGCUUCUCCUGGCAGUGUUGUAGAGUCACCUUCUCAUCCCCGACAUGGAAACUUCAUUCCCCGACCUGAUUUUCCAGGCCCCAGACACACAGACCCUGUGAGAAGGCCUCUCCAGUGUGUACCUAAUCAGCUGCCUGUGCAUCCAAAUUUAGAGCAGGUCCCACCAUCUCAGCAAGAGCAAGGUCAUUCAGCCCACCAAUCUUCUAUUGUCAUGAGGCCUCUAAGUCAUCCCUUAGGUGGUGAAUUUUCUGAGGCUCCUUUGUCUACAUCUACUGCAGCUGAAACAACACCUGAUAACUUACAGAUAACCAGCCAGUCUUCUGAUGGUCUGGAGGAAAAGCUAGACUCUGAUGAUCCUUCUGAGAAAGAACUGGAUGUGAAAGACCUUGAGGGAGUUGAGGUCAAAGACUUGGAUGAUGAAGAUCUAGAAAAUUUAAAUUUAGACACAGAGGAUGGCAAGGGCGAUGACCUGGACACUUUAGGUAAUUUGGAAACAAAUGAUCCUAACCUGGAUGACCUCCUAAGGUCAGGGGAAUUUGAUAUCAUUGCAUACACAGAUCCAGAACUUGACUUAGGGGAUAAAAAAAGCAUGUUCAAUGAGGAAUUAGAUCUUAAUGUUCCAAUUGAUGAUAAGCUAGAAAAUCAUUGUGUAGCACCUGAACCAAAAAAAAGGGAUCAAGAAGACAAAACUGUGGUUCUCAAAGAUAAUGAUUUGCCACAGAAAAAACCCACUGGUACCAGUGAGAUAAAAACAGAAGCACUGUCUCCACACCCUAAAGAAGAAACACAAAGUGAAAUGAAGAAAAGUGAGGACAGUAAAGGUGAUGCUGACAUUCUGUGCUCACCGACUUCUGCUCAUACAGACCUGAGUGACAGGGAAAAGACUUCUUUGCUGCCUACAGAUCCAGAUACGCUUGAGAAAAGAAACAAUUGGGAAAAUGCUGGCUCUGGUGUCAGUGCUAUUCAAGGGCCAACUCCUCUGCCUGCUCAGGAUGUGAUGAACUCUUGUGAUAUAACCGGAUCAACUCCAGUCCUUUCAAGUUUACUUGCUAAUGAGAAAUGUGAUAAUUCAGACAUUAGGCCUUUGGGGUCUUCCCCACCAACUCUGCCCAUUUCACCAUCCACCCACGGGUCAAGUUUGCCUCCUCCUUUAAUAGCACCACCUGGCCCUCUGUUGGAUAAUGCCAUGAAUUCUAAUGUAACAGUGGUCCCUAGGGUAAACCAUGUUUUUGCUCAGGGUGUGCCAGUAGUAAAUCCAGGAUUCAUUCAGGGUCAGUCAUCAGUGAACCAUAAUUUAGGGACAGGGAAACCUCCAAAUCAAACUAUGCCUCUCCCAGAUCAGUCCAGCACCAGUGGCAUGUCUGGACCGCAACCGCUAAUGAUUCCUCAAACGUUAGGCCAACAGAACAGAGAGAGGCCCCUCCUUCUAGAGGAACAGCCUUUGCUUCUACAAGAUCUUUUGGAUCAAGAAAGGCAGGAACAGCAGCAGCAAAGACAAAUGCAAGCCAUGAUUCGUCAGCGGUCUGAACCAUUCUUCCCCAACAUUGAUUUUGAUGCAAUUACAGAUCCUAUAAUGAAAGCCAAAAUGGUGGCUCUUAAAGGCAUAAAUAAAGUGAUGGCACAGAACAAUCUGGGCAUGCCACCAAUGGUAAUGAGCAGAUUCCCUUUUAUGGGCCCAUCAGUGGCUGGAACACAAAACAGUGAAGGCCAGAGCCUGGUGCCUCAAGCUGUAGCUCAGGAUGGCAGUAUAACACAUCAGAUUUCUAGGCCUAAUCCUCCAAAUUUUGGUCCAGGCUUUGUCAAUGACUCUCAACGUAAGCAGUAUGAAGAAUGGCUGCAGGAGACCCAGCAGCUUCUUCAGAUGCAACAGAAGUAUCUUGAAGAACAAAUUGGUGCACACAGGAAAUCUAAGAAAGCUCUUUCAGCCAAGCAGCGCACAGCUAAGAAGGCAGGGCGGGAGUUCCCAGAAGAGGACGCAGAGCAACUCAAGCAUGUGACUGAGCAGCAGAGUAUGGUCCAGAAACAGCUCGAGCAGAUUCGUAAACAACAGAAAGAACAUGCUGAGUUGAUUGAAGAUUAUCGGAUCAAACAGCAGCAGCAACAGCAGCAGCAACAGUGUGCCCUGGCCCCUCCCAUCCUCAUGCCAGGGGUUCAGCCCCAGCCACCUCUUGUUCCAGGUGCCACUCCAGCUACCAUGAGCCAACCCAGCUUUCCCAUGGUACCCCAGCAGCUUCAACAUCAGCAGCACACAGCAGUCAUCUCUGGCCACACCAGCCCUGCUAGAAUGCCCAGUUUACCUGGAUGGCAACCUAAUAGUGCUCCUGCUCACCUCCCCCUCAAUCCUCCUAGGAUUCAGCCCCCAAUUUCCCAGUUAUCUAUAAAAACUUGCACACCAGCCCCAGGAGCAGUGUCAAGUGCAAAUCCGCAGAGUGGCCCACCACCUCGUGUAGAAUUUGACGACAACAACCCUUUCAGUGAAAGUUUUCAAGAGCGGGAGCGGAAAGAGCGUUUACGAGAGCAGCAGGAAAGGCAGCGAGUCCAGCUGAUGCAAGAAGUAGACAGACAGAGGGCUCUGCAGCAGAGGAUGGAAAUGGAGCAGCAUGGUCUGAUGGGUGCUGAGCUAGUCAACAGGACACCUGCGUCCCAGAUGCCAUUCUACAGUUCUGACAGACCUUGUGACUUUUUGCAGCCGUCAAGACCCCUUCAGCAGUCUCCACAACAUCAGCAGCAAAUGGGGCCAGUUUUACAACAGCAGAAUGUCCAACAAGCAUCUGUUAAUUCACCCCCAAACCAAACUUUCGUGCAAACCAAUGAGCGACGGCAAGUAGGACCUCCAUCCUCUUUUGUUCCAGAUUCACCAUCUGCUCCUGGUGGGAGCCCAAACUUUCAUUCUGUUAAGCAAGGGCCCGGAAGUCUUUCUGGGUCCAGCUUUCAGCAUUCCCCAUUGAGGCCUCCAUUCCCACCAGUUUUAUCAGGAACACCUCCAGUAGCUACUAGCAAUCUCCCAUGUGGCCAAGAUGCUGCUGCAACCCAGGGCCAAAAUUAUUCAGGGUCAAGCCAGUCUCUCAUUCAGUUGUAUUCUGACAUAAUCCCAGAAGAAAAGGGGAAAAAGAAAAGAACAAGAAAAAAGAAAAAAGAUGAUGAUGCAGAAUCAACCAAAGCACCAUCAACCCCCCACUCAGACUCCACUGCUCCACUCACCCCCGGCAUCUCCGAAACUACCUCCACUCCUACAGUGAGCAUACCCAGUGAGCUUCCUCAGCAAAGAGAAGAGGAGGCAGUGGAGCCAGUUUGCCCUCCCACUGCCAAUAUGGCAACAGGCCAGCCCUGUAUAGAGUCAGAAAACAAACUUCCCAGCAGUGAAUUCAUAAAAAGAACUCCAAAUCAACAAAUACAUGUUAAUUCAGAGGUAGACAAGCCUUCCAUGGAACCCCCCAGCAAAGCUGAAGAGAUAAAGCUAGAAAAGACUGAGACAGAGUCAUGCCCACAUCAGGAGGAAGCCCAUGUAGAAGAGAAAACCGGUAGUAAGAUUGAAGACACCAUGGCUUGUCCUGCUGGAGCCCCUGUUACCAAAGGAGAUACAGGAAAUGAACUACUGAAACACUUGUUAAAAAAUAAAAAGGCCUCUUCGCUUCUAACCCAGAAACCUGAGGGUACUUUCAGUUCAGAUGACAGCUCUGCAAAGGACAGCAAACUGGCUGAAAAGCAGAACCCAGCAGAAGGAUUGCAAACUUUGGGGGCUCAAAUGCAAGGUGGUUUUGGAGGUGGCAACAGCCAGUUGCCAAAAACAGAUGGAGGAAGUGAAACCAAGAAACAGCGAAGCAAACGGACUCAGAGGACGGGGGAGAAAGCAGCACCUCGCUCAAAGAAAAGGAAGAAGGAUGAAGAGGAAAAGCAGGCUGUGUAUUCCAGCUCUGACUCCUCCACCCACUUGAAACAGCAGCUUUCUCUGCUCCCUCUAAUGGAACCGAUCAUUGGAGUGAACUUUGCGCACUUUCUUCCUUAUGGCAGUGGCCAAUUUAAUAGUGGGACUCGACUUCUAGGAACUUUUGGCAGUGCCGCCCUUGAAGGGGUCUCAGACUACUAUUCUCAGUUGAUCUACAAGCAGAAUAAUUUAAGUAAUCCUCCAACACCCCCUGCCUCUCUUCCUCCUACACCACCUCCUAUGGCUUGCCAGAAGAUGGCAAAUGGUUUUGCAACGGCUGAAGAACUUGUUGGAAAAGCUGGCGUGUUGGUGAGCCAUGAAGUUGCCAGAACUUUAGGACCGAAGCCAUUUCAGCUUCCUUUCAGACCUCAGGAUGACUUGCUGGCUCGAGCGAUACAGGAUCACUAUGGUGACCGGGACACUCCUGACAGUUUUGUUCCUUCAUCUUCUCCUGAGAGUGUGGUUGGUGUAGAGGUGAACAGGUACCCAGAUCUGUCAUUGGUGAAAGAAGAGCCUCCAGAACCGGUUCCAUCCCCCAUCAUCCCAAUUCUUCCCAGCAUUUCUGGGAAAAGUUCAGAAUCAAGAAGAAAUGAAAUCAAAACUGAGCCUGGCACUUUAUUUUUUACUUCACCUUUUGGUUCAUCCCCAAAUGGUCCCAGAUCGGGUCUUAUAUCUGUAGCAAUCACCCUGCAUCCUACAGCUGCUGAGAACAUUAGCAGUGUUGUGGCUGCGUUUUCCGACCUUCUUCAUGUGCGAAUUCCUAACAGCUAUGAGGUUAGUAAUGCUCCAGAUGGUCCAUCCAUGGGUUUGGUCAGUAGCCACAGAGUAAACCCAGGUUUGGAGUAUCGACAGCAUUUGCUUCUUCGUGGGCCUCCACCAGGAUCUGCAAAUCCUCCCAGAUUAGCAAGCUCUUACCGGCUGAAGCAGCCUAAUGUACCAUUUCCUCCAACAAGCAAUGGUCUUUCUGGAUUUAAAGAUUCCAGUCAUGGUAUAGCAGAUAAUACAUCACUCCGACCACAGUGGUGUUGUCACUGCAAAGUGGUUAUUCUUGGAAGUGGUGUGCGGAAGUCAUUAAAAGACUUGACCUUUGUGAACAAGAGUCCCAGAGAGAACACCAAACGGAUGGAAAAGGAUAUUGUCUUUUGUAGCAAUAACUGCUUUAUUCUUUAUUCAUCAACUGCACAAGCAAAAAACCCAGAAAAUAAGGAGUCCCUUCCUCCACUGCCACAAUCCCCUAUGAAGGAGCCUUGCAAAGCAUUUCACCAGUACAGCAACAACAUCUCCACUUUGGAUGUCCACUGUCUCCCUCAGUUCCAGGAAAAAGUUUCCCCUCCUCCGUCACCUCCCAUAACCUUCCCUCCAGCCUUUGAAGCAGCCAAAGUCGAGUCCAAGCCUGAAGAGCUCAAGGUGACAGUCAAGUUGAAGCCUCGCCUGAGGACUCUUCAUGGUGGGCUUGAAGACUGUAGACCACUGAGUAAAAAGUGGAGAGGGAUGAAGUGGAAGAAGUGGAGUAUUCAUAUUGUCAUCCCCAAGGGGACCUUUAAGCCACCGUGUGAGGCUGAGAUUGAUGAGGUUCUGAGGAAAUUGGGUACUUCUCUUAAACCUGACCCUGUGCCCAAAGACUAUCGAAAGUGUUGCUUUUGUCACGAAGAAGGUGAUGGGCUAACAGAUGGACCAGCAAGGCUGCUCAACCUUGACUUGGACCUGUGGGUCCACUUGAAUUGUGCUCUGUGGUCCACAGAGGUCUAUGAGACACAGGCUGGUGCCUUAAUAAAUGUUGAGCUAGCGCUGAGGAGAGGGCUACAAAUGAAAUGUGUCUUCUGUCAUAAGACAGGUGCCACCAGUGGAUGUCACAGAUUUCGAUGCACCAACAUUUAUCAUUUUACUUGCGCCAUUAAAGCACAAUGCAUGUUUUUUAAGGACAAAACAAUGCUUUGCCCCAUGCACAAACCAAAGGGAAUGCACGAGCAAGAGUUAAGUUACUUUGCAGUCUUCAGGAGGGUCUACGUCCAACGAGACGAGGUGCGGCAGAUUGCUAGCAUCGUACAACGAGGAGAACGGGACCAUACAUUUCGUGUUGGGAGCCUCAUCUUCCACACCAUUGGUCAGCUGCUUCCACAACAGAUGCAGGCAUUCCACUCUCCUAAAGCACUCUUCCCAGUAGGCUAUGAAGCUAGCCGGUUAUAUUGGAGCACGCGCUAUGCCAACCGGCGCUGCCGCUACCUUUGCUCCAUUGAGGAGAAAGAUGGGCGGCCGGUGUUUGUCAUCAGGAUUGUAGAGCAAGGCCACGAGGACCUGGUCUUAAGUGAUUCAUCACCUAAAGAUGUUUGGGAUAAAAUUUUGGAGCCUGUGGCAUGUGUGAGGAAGAACUCUGAGAUGCUGCAGCUCUUCCCUGCAUAUCUGAGAGGAGAGGAUUUGUUCGGCUUGACUGUCUCUGCAGUGGCACGGAUAGCAGAGUCACUACCUGGGGUUGAAGCGUGUGAAAACUACACCUUCCGAUAUGGCCGAAAUCCUCUCAUGGAGCUACCCCUUGCUGUUAACCCCACAGGUUGUGCUCGUUCUGAACCUAAAAUGAGCGCCCAUGUCAAGAGGUUUGUGUUAAGGCCUCACACCUUGAAUAGCACCAGCACCUCAAAGUCAUUUCAGAGCACAGUCACUGGAGAGCUGAACGCACCCUACAGUAAGCAGUUCGUCCACUCCAAGUCAUCACAGUACCGGAGAAUGAAGACCGAAUGGAAAUCUAAUGUGUAUCUGGCCCGGUCUCGGAUCCAGGGACUGGGCCUGUAUGCUGCUAGAGACAUUGAAAAACACACCAUGGUCAUUGAGUACAUCGGAACGAUUAUUCGAAAUGAAGUUGCAAACAGAAAAGAGAAGCUUUAUGAGUCCCAGAACCGAGGCGUGUACAUGUUCCGCAUGGACAAUGACCACGUGAUUGACGCCACACUCACAGGAGGGCCUGCAAGGUAUAUUAACCAUUCUUGUGCCCCUAACUGUGUGGCUGAAGUAGUGACCUUUGAGAGAGGACACAAGAUUAUCAUUAGCUCCAACAGGAGAAUCCAGAAAGGAGAAGAGCUCUGCUAUGAUUAUAAGUUUGACUUUGAAGAUGACCAGCACAAGAUUCCAUGUCACUGUGGAGCGGUGAAUUGUCGGAAGUGGAUGAACUGAAUGCAUUCCUUGCUAUCUCGGCGGGCGGCUCGUUCCUAGGAAGAGGCGACUCAACACUUCAUUGGAUUUUACAAGACAGAAAGAUAUUUUUGUUUUCUGACUUUUUGAAAAACAGCUUCUGGAAGCUCUGGUUCCUCGGCCUUUGUCUGAAGGAAGCACAGCACAGAGAGAGCCAACUGAGGCUGCCUUGCUGUGCACUGAGGUCAACAGAGUCACAGAAUGGUCCAGCACUUUUUUUUUCUUUUUCUUUUUCUUUUCUUUCCCUCCUUUUGUUUCCUUGUGGGUGGGUUUUGUUUUGUUUUUGUUUUGUUAGUCUCAUUAAGGAGAAACUUUUCUGGGGCAAAGAGCCGGCGGCUGCCCUGCCCCAGGGUGGGGGCCUUCCUAUGAAUGUAAGACUGAAAUCACCAGCGAAGGGGGCUGUCCAGAGUGCUGGCCACGCCUUACUGACAGGGGCAGGCCCUGAGUUUAACUAAGUGGACACCACUGAUCAAGGAAUGUACUGAGAUGACUUCCUUAGGGAUAGAGCUAAGGGAUAAUAACUUGCACUAAAUACAUUUGAAUACUUGAUUCCAUGAGUCAGUUUAUUGUAGUUUUUGAUUUCUGUAAAAUAAGAGAAACUUUUUGUAUUUAUUAUUGAAUAAGUGAAUGAAGCUAUUUUUAAAUAAAAGUUAGAAGAAAGCCAAGCUGCUGCUGUUACCUGCAGAACUAACAAACCCUGUUACUUUGUACAAAUAUGUAAAUAUUUUGAGAAAAACAGUAUAAAAAUAGUUAUUGACCAAAUGCUACCAGGCGCUGCAGCAGCUCGGGUGCUUAUAACCGUUGUAGGGAUGUUACAAUAUAAUUUUGUUAUUAAAUAUGCCAUUAUAAUUAUGUAAUAACCAAAAUUCUGCCCUGGUGUGUCUGGGCUUUUUGGAAACUGUCUAUUAGUGCUUGUUUUCUACACCUGACUUCUGACAGAGCAGCGCUGUGCUACGACUACAACUUUUAUAGCUGUUGGUGAUUUAAACUAAUGUUUCAUGUUAUAUUGUUGCAUCCCUACUUCUUCAGUCAGGUUUUUUUUGAGCUUACAAUUUGUGAUAACUGUGAAUAACGGCUUAAACACACACCCAAAUGGAGGCUGAAUUUUUUUCUUCAGCAAAAGUAGUUUUGAUUAGAACUUUGUUUCCAACCACACAGAAUUAUGUAAACAUAAUAGAGUCAUGUAGCAGGGACCUAACCCAACUCCUUAGCCUUCUAUUUAACAUAAAAAUUUGAAAAAGGAAAAAAAAAAAAAGCGAGAGAGUGAGAGAUGUGAUUAUACUCCCAGCUGCAGGACUCCGGCAAUAGGGUUUUUCGAAGAUGUAAUUUUAAAAUGUGUUUGUAUGACUGUUUACAUUUCUUUAAUAAAAAAAAAAAAACCACACUGUUUUGUGUUUGCUUGUAGAAACUUAAUCAGCAUUUGAACCAGGUUAGCUUUUUAUUUUGUACUUAAAAUUCUGGUACUGACACUUCACAGGCUAAGUAUAAAAAUGAAGUUUUGUGUGCACAAUUGGAGUGGGCUGUGAGCUGUGGUACACUCAGUGACACAGCCCUCAGCUUGUAAUGUAUAUGGCAUGAUGUAUUUUUAUCUUACAGAAUAAAUCAAUUGUAUAUAUUUUUCUCUUGAUAAAUAGCUGUAUGAAAUUUGUUUCUUGAAUAUUUUUCUUCUCUUGUACAAUAUUCUGACAUCCUACCAGUAUUUGUCCUACCGGGUUUUCGUUGUUUUCUGUUCUGUAUAAUAGUAUCUAAUGUUGGCAAAAUUGAAUUUUUUGAAGUAUACAGAGUGUUAUGGGUUUUGGAAUUUGUGGACACAGAUUUAGAAGAUCACCAUUUACAAAUAAAAUAUUUUACAUCUA